AUGGGUCUUCUGCAUUCCGCAUUACGAUAUGCGGCUGCAACCCCAGAUUAUCAGAAACCGCUUCAUAAUGUUGUCGUCAGCACAAAUUCAAUGCUCUUCAUAGAAGAACAGAUCAUUCGAAAGCAGAUGUCGGUGCAUCAGCACACGCUGCUCAUUUCCGUCACCGAGCAAAAGCUAGAUGAUACUGACGAUCCAGUUCCUGGGGCGGCUACUUAUUCUGUUUUGCAAGAAGACGGAGAUUCACGUGACUCAGGCAUCGUAAGCGAUUACAGCAGCCCUUGGAAGAAGGUUGAGACACAUCGAAAGGAUGCUGUUAGGAAAGGACUUACUGACAGAACUAACACAACCAUCCAUUCUCAAGAGAACAUAAACAGUAAAAGCAAGGUUGUGGUUGAAGAAUCACCAGUGACAAGGCGGCGGGCACCUGUACGUCUUCUCACAUUCUCUGUUCUAAACUCAGACGAAGAGAAAGAGGACAACAGUUCUAUUACCAGUUUCAAUGUACCUGGGAGCUCAAAUGCAAUAGCUGGGUCGAUAUCGCUCUCAUCAUUCUCCGAGUACUCUGAGUCAGACAUUGUGUGGACGCCUCCUAGAACGAAAGUCAAUUAUGAUCGUUCGGUAAGUGCUGAAAGGACGGGAGAGAAGAAAGUUCGGAAGCGAAUCACUGAGAGUGUGUUCUCAGAUAGCGGCAUUGAAAAGAAAAGGUCUUGUGCUAUACGGAGCGAGGUUUUUCAAAGUACCAUCAGCUUAGAAGAUGAAGUUUUCGAGCCCGACGAUUUUUCCCCAAAUGUGUCAUCCUUGAGCGAAGGUCCUUCAUCGACAUUCCGCUCGUUAUCUAGGUGCUUUACACGCACGCUAAGCGCUAGUCACUUAGAGUGCCAGCAGAAAUCACCUUUACUAAGUCCAGAAGUGAAGUAUUCGCUACCUGGUGUGGAACACCCUCAACAAGAGUCACUUGCUUUUCGUAGCAUAUCCGCAGAGACGCUAGCGUCAGAAAUUCGCCGGCUUGGUCCUGAAGAGUUUGAAAACCGUUACAUGCUCAUUGAUUGCAGAUACCCUUAUGAAUAUGAAGGUGGACAUGUCAAGUGUGCUGUGAACGUCCAUGACCAAAGCGAACUUGAGAAUUUGUUUUUCCCUGAGGAUCCCAAUCACCCUAUUCGGUCGCGCAUUCCUAUAUUCUACUGCGAAUUCAGUCAGAAACGUGGUCCAGGAAUGGCACUUGCACUUCGCAAUAUUGAUCGGAUGCGUAACGAAUUGAAUUAUCCGAAAGUUGACUAUGCGGAGAUGUACCUAUUAGACCACGGUUACCGAAAAUUCUGGAACGAUGGGUGCUAUAAGUCAGAAUGUGACCCGUGUGGUUAUGUACCUAUGACGGACUCUGCUCAUGUAUCUUCUCUGGUCAAAUACAAGUGGCACAAAUCCAAGUCAACUAGUCAGCUAGUGGUUCGAGAAAGGGAGAGGAUUCCACUGAGAAAAACUUAUUCUUUAUAUCGUUAUCGUUCUCUUAUGCAGGUAUGUGCUGAAGCAGAUGCUAAUGAAGAGUUUGCGAGUAUAAGUCCGACGGCAAAAACCCCAGAUUUGUUGCCUCGGCGUUUAGAAUUUACUGACAGUCCGGACUGCAGAAAACUAGAGUAG